AGUGUUUCUGUGAUUUUAACACAACACAGCUAACAUGUUGUUUCUACCCACACUCCAUGUUUAACAUGGAGAUCACGAGCAUCUUCUCAUAAUUAAAAGCAUCACCACACAGAUCUGUUUGACACACUGGAUGAUGGCCUCGGGGGCCCCGGAGAUGGUCACCGCCCUCUCGGUGGAGUUGGGGAGCAUGUCCCCUGCAACCUGCACCUGAGCCCCUGUGGACUGGAGGCGGACGCAGCGGAGCCGCCUGAGCUCAGCCUCCGGCGCACGAGCACCGCGUCCCGGGGACAUUUGACGCAGAACCCGCCGUCACGCACGAAGAGGAGCCGGGGAGAAGUGCCGGCGAUGCCCGAGCUACCUGUUUGCUCCCCGGGGCCGCGGGGCUGAGGGGGGUCGCCUCGGGUUUACGCAGCGGAGGCUCCUUGAAUCCACAGCCCGCACAGACUCCCACUGACCCACCGUGCGCAAAUUGGACAUAAAACCCGGGACCGUGCAGGAUGAAGGUGAAGGGGGCCGAGCAGCCAGCGGUCACCCGGCCGGGAAACUUGCACUGAGACCGGAGGAGAGUUGAGGAAGAGGAGGAGGGUGAAGAGCCAGAGACGGAGGGGGUUAUGUCCGGGUCUCUGCAGCUGGAGCCCGGGCUGCUGCUGCUGAUGCUGCUGCUGGUGGUGAUGAUGGCCUGCUGGGAAACACCAGGGAUGGUCGAAGCGACUGUGCCAGCGGCCCCUGUGAAUGUGUCGGUGACCCAGCUGAGGGCGCACUCAGCCAUGGUGACCUGGAACGUCCCUCAGGGAGACACUGUCAUUGGAUACGCCAUCUCCCAGCAGCGGCAGGACGGCCUGAUGCAGCGCUCCAUCCGAGAGGUGAACACAUCGAGCCGCUGGUGUGUGUUGUGGGACCUGGACGAGGACACACACUACAGUGUCCAGGUCCAGUCCGUCGGGCUGAACGCUGACAGCCAACCGAGCCGUCCCGUCCACUUCAGGACUCUGGAGAGAACCGACCACUAUCCAGUCGGAGUCCUGGACCACCAUGAACCGGCGAUGGAAGGUCUGGGAAUGACUCCUCACCUUCAGACAGGAGAGCUGCUCAUCAUCACCACGGUGCUGCUGCUGUGGGCAGCCGUCAUCGCCCUGUUCUGCCGGCAGUAUGACAUUAUCAAAGACAACGACACCAGCAGCAGCAAGGAGAAGAACAAGCGGCCGCUGGUCCGAGCCACCACCACCUACUACAGCACCUCGGCCGGCAGCUCGCCCGUCUACCACAACGGAGCCGUGCGCAGCAGCAGGCUGCACAGAGCCUCCUCCUCCAUCAGCAUCAUCAGAGUCUGAGACUCAGGACGGUUGCUGAGGCGGUGAUGUGCCACAUUUGCCACGAGGAGGCUCACAGGGAUUAUCCUGAGAGACGGAGAACUUCUGGACCUUCAGGACGAGACACAGAUUCAACGUUUAACACCAGAAGUGAGAAGCAGCUCUGUGGAGGACGUGGGUGACUGCUGCCCUCUGGUGGCGGAAGAAGGCGGCAUCACAGGAACAGCAGGAGUUUGGCUUCACCAGUGAAAUAUGUUCAUCUGAUUCUCUGUUGUGUAAAAAGACCGAACAUUUGCCAGCAUGUCGGCCGAGUCACCAUCCAGAUCCUGUGUGUAUGUCUGUGUUUGUGUGUGUGGGGGACAAAUACUGCUCUGUGGUUUAAAUUUAUUUUCUAAUUCAUGCUCAAUAGUUAGUACUAACAACAGAACUGUAUUAUAUGUAAGUAGAAUCUGUACAUACGAGUAGUUUAAUAGUGAGUUCAACAAACAGUAGAAUGUUUAUGUUGGAUUCAAAGGCAGAACUUGAAUGUUUUAUUUUUGAACAAACUAAUAAAUCAUGCCACGUAAAGUGCAGCUUUAAUCAGUGUUAUAAUGUUAUUAUAGCCAAUUAUUCAUUGAAUAUAAUUACUCUAGAAAUGAACCAGAGUUGAUCUCAUCGUGCAAUAAACUCCACACCAGAGGAAUCGGUGGAAUGUAAUUUAAAAUCGAGUGAUUUGUCAAUAAUGUCACUGGGAGAUGUGAUAAGAUUUAAACAGAAAUAGGGUAUUUUAUGACAUUUAAAUGUAGAUAUUACAAGGACUACAUUUAAAACCUGCAAAAUAAAAGUUUGUUGCAGCUUUUUGAAGGAGGAAGACGACCUGUGGUUUUGUUUUUUACAUUCAGGGUCAUUUCUGUCUUUUGUUUGUGGAACCAUUACAGUCAAAUCCCUUUUCACUGUGUGUCUGAUUGGAUCAAGGAGUUCUUCAUCUGUAUAUUGACAGUUAUGAUGGUAUUACAGUAACGAUUGUAGUAAAUAAUGACUCACGUGUUAUAAAUACUUCCAUCUGUGUCAGUGUUGAAAGUGUCGUGUCUACACGAUGUGUUUAUUCAACUGUAAGUCGAUGUGUGUCUGUUCUUUGACAUGUGCUGUGUGACAGUGCGUGUUGUGGCCAGCAGAGGGCGCCAGAUCUCUGAGACGCUGGACAGAAGACAGAUGAGAGCAGAUUUCUGUUCUGAGUAUUUACUCUUUGGGAGGAUGUACUGCAUUUCUCUGGCUCACUACUUCAAACUCACUCCUCUUAUUUGAUUAAGUUAGUUACAUGUGAACUCGUAGUUUGACUCCAGAGGCAGAUAUCGUAGGUGUCACGUGAAUGAAACGUUUAUUUUGUGAAUGUUAAUCAACAGGUUCAUUGGUUCAGUAUGAGAACCAGGUUUGGUCUGCAGACGGAGGCGCCAUCAAAACAGGUGAGCAGCAUAGUUAUAGUAUAUUUUCAUCUCAUGACUAUAGCUCUGGUUGAUUUGAAUAAAGUGUCACCCCCCCCCCCCCCCCCCAGGGGUGAGGCCUUAAAUACCACAGGGUGACACUGAAGGAGAGAGUCAAGCGUCUGCUGCUUUUAUACAAGUUGAUGAAAGUGUUAUGCAUUAAAUUACAAG